AACUAUUAAUAAACAAUGUUGUCUCUUUCCAAGGAUUACUAUGGAAUUACAUUCCCUGCUCCUGCAACCUUGACAGGCAGAGAUGGGAGCCUUGCUAACAACCCGUACUCAGGUGGCCCACGAUGCAAGCCUUGCUUUCCUGGCCUUCAGCUACUGUCUUCAGAACUUUGGUGGUGUGAUGUAACAAAAUUUGGCCGUGGGGAUUCUGCCUCUCCUGCUCCUGCAACCACACUGGCCCAGCCGCAGCAGAACCAGACACAGACUCACCACACGACUCAGCAGCCCUUCCUGAACCCAGCCCUGCCCCCAGGGUACAGCUACACUGGGCUCCCUUACUAUGCUGGAAUGCCCGGUGUUCCCAGUGCAUUCCAGUAUGGGCCAACCAUGUUUGUACCUCCAGCAUCUGCUAAACAGCAUGGAGUCAACCUGAACACGGCAUCGACUCCCUUCCAGCAGGCGAGUGGCUACGGCCAGCAUGGCUACGGUGCAGGAUACGAUGACUUAACGCAGGGAACUGCAGGUGGGGAUUACAGCAAAGGAGGCUACAGUGGGUCAUCUCAAGCACAAAACAAAUCUGCUGGCUCUGGACCUGGGAAAGGUGUUUCUGUGACCUCAAGUAACACGGGUGUGCCUGAUAUCAGUGGCUCAGUCUAUAACAAGACUCAGACGUUUGACAAGCAGGGAUUCCACGCUGGCACUCCGCCUCCCUUCAGUCUGCCUUCUGCUCUUGGAUCGACUGGGCCCCUGAACCCUGGUGCUGCCCCGGGUUAUGCUCCAGCCCCAUUUCUCCACAUCCUCCCUGCACAUCAGCAGCCUCAUUCCCAGAUGCUGCAUCACCACCUGCAGCAGGAUGGGCAGGGUGGAUCUGGCCAACGCAACCAACCCAGCACCAUGCAGCAAAAGUCUCAGGCUACCAAAACCGCCUAUGGCACUUCUCCAUACUGGACAAACUAAAUCCGAAACUGGGGAGGGGGGAGAGAGUGAAAGGAGAGGAGGAAGAAGGAAAAAAAAAGAAAACAAAAGAAAAGAGAAAAAAGA